AUGAUCGCAACUCAUCGUUCUCUUCAUUAUUCUCUUCGUCAUUCCCUUCAUUAUUCUCUUCUUCCUCCAAUCGAUACUUCUACCUCAAAAACUCAAACAGCCUCUCGAGUAUCUUCUCGAAUGCCUUCUCCAGUGCCUCGCAGAAAAUCAGUUGAUUCUACUCCCGAUACCGAUCAAAUGUUCAUUCAUGAUGACGAAACUGAGUAUCAUUGUGUGCAAGAUGAUGAUAAUCAUGGUUCUUCACCAAUCGACACGGAAUUUUCUUCAUCACAAUCAUCCCAAAAACUAAUAAAAUCACAAGAAGAUAAUAAUCCUUUCUUAGAUAAAAUUACAUAG